GUCAAGUAAGCCUUGACGUGCUGUCAAGGCUAUGAAAUAACAGCUGUGAAAAAUUAUAUUCGUUCUGAUUCCAACCACCAAAGAAACUAGACUAUUAAAGUAGAACUUAACAGUUAUUAGUAGUUCUAUUAUCUUGAAGAACCCAACAUAUUUUGGCGACGAGGAUAUUCAAGUCACCUCCGGAAGUUUUUCCUCCAGUUCCUCUUUUUGAAGACUUCAAGCAAACAGCGAAUUCAAAAAUGUCAGACCAGGAUUUUCGUAACGCGAUUAUACGGCUCACGGAAUUGAUUGCUAACCAGCAGCAGCAGAUUGCGGAUCUCAAACGGACGAACGCCAAUCCGACUGGUAGUGAACGAAUCAUCGAGUCUCUCGCAACUGGAAUCGACGAGUUCCGGUACGACCCUGACGGCGGAAUAUAUUUUGAAUCAUGGUACGCUCGUUUCGAAGACGUUUUUAAGGAAGACGGAAAGCAGUUGGACGAGAACGCGAAAGUAAGGUUACUUCUACGCAAGAUUGGCACGCAGUUCCACGAACGCUACGUGAACAGCAUCCUGCCAAAGCACCCCCGAGAGUUCAAGUUUGAAGAAACCAUCACGAAAUUGAAGAAACUUUUCGGACGUCAAACUUCUUUAUUCAACGCUCGCUAUCAGUGUCUCCAGUACAUGAAGAACGACGCUGAUGAUUAUUCUUCGUAUGCUGCUUCAAUCAACAAGCACUGUGAAGCAUUUCAGUUAUCAAAGCUCUCUAACGAUCAAUUCAAAGCGCUCCGGUUCGUUUGUGGUCUCCAGUCACCACGCGAUGCGGACAUCCGCACACGAUUGAUAGGCAAGUUAGAAGUAGAAGAAUUCGCACCCGCCGUCGGUGAUGGAGCUGGGACAAUUCUGACGCUAGAAAACCUGGUGGAAGAAUGCAAUCGGAUCAUCAAUGUUAAACAGGACACCAAAAUGAUCGAGAAAAGUGGAAACGACAAGCACGUCAACGCUAUCGCUCAUCAUCCGAAACCUGCUAGCAAGAAGAAGAUUCCGAAAACACCCUGCUGGUUGUGUGGAGACCCGCACUAUGUCAAGGAGUGCUCUUAUCAAAACCGUUAUUGCAGCAAGUGCAAAAAGAAGGGUCACAAGGAAGGCUAUUGUUCCUCCGCUGAGCAGAAGUCAUCCAGGCCGGUCGACAAACCAAGGAAAAAGGACACGGUCAAGUCCAAAGGCAUCACAUUGGUUAAAAAAGUCGACCUCUCAAAGAAACGAAAGUUCAUCAAGUUGAAUCUCAACGGCUUCCCGAUCCAGUUGCAACUAGACUGUGCGUCAGACAUCACAAUAAUCUCCGAGCAAGUCUGGGAAAAGAUUGGCAAACCACCAACUCAAGAGACUGAAGUUGUAGCUGUCAGUGCAUCCGGAGACGAGAUUGGUAUCAUCGGUGAAUUGCUAGCAAACAUCACUGUCCAUGGCAUCACCAGAAUAGGCCGAGUUUUUGUUUCAAGCAAACCGGAUCUCAACGUCUUCGGCAUCGAGACGAUCGAUCAAUUCGAUCUCUGGUCAGUUCCGUUCAACACAUUGAUUCAGUCUGUACAGCAGAAGUUCGAGCCCUUGGUAGAGAAGCUCCGUUCCAGAUUUCCUGAUGUUUUUCAAAGUUCCCUUGGUCGUUGCACCAAAGCACAAGUGAAACUGUACCUCAAACCCAAUUCACGCCCUGUGUAUUGUCCAAAGAGGCCGGUGGCCUACGCUGCACUUCCCAAAGUUGACGCCGAACUACAGAGAUUGCAAGAUAAAGGUAUCAUUUCACCAGUUCAAUUCUCCGACUGGGCGGCCCCCAUCGUGGUUGUUCGAAAGGCUGACAACGUCUCCGUUCGUGUCUGUGGUGAUUACUCCACGGGUCUCAACGACGUGCUGGAAUCCGAUUGUCAUCCUUUACCGCAUCCGGAAGACAUGUUUGCCGAGCUAGCUGGUUCCCGCUUUUUCUCGCACAUCGAUCUUUCAGAUGCAUACCUCCAAGUGGAAGUCGAAGAAGAAUUCCGUAAGAUGCUGACCAUCAACACUCAUCAAGGAUUGUUCCAGUACAACCGUUUGCCACCCGGAGUCAAAUCCGCCCCUGGUGCUUUCCAGAGAAUCAUCGAUAGUAUGGUAGCCGGCAUUCCAGGUGUCAAACCAUAUCUUGACGACAUCAUGAUUGCUGGAAAAACUCAAGAGGAACACGAUCGCAACCUUUACGCUGUCUUGGAACGAAUUCAAGACUAUGGAUUUCAUCUCCGCAUUGAGAAGUGCCGUUUCUCACUUCCACAGAUUAAAUUCCUGGGUCACAUCAUUGACGAGGAUGGUCUCCACCCUGAUCCUGAGAAGACGCGAGCCAUUUCCCAGAUGCCAGCCCCGAAGAACAUUUCGCAGCUGCGAUCUUAUUUGGGAGCAAUCAACUACUAUGGACGAUUCGUUGGCCAAAUGAAAGAGCUUCGUGCGCCACUGGACCGUCUGCUGAAGAAGGACGCUCGCUGGGAUUGGACCGCCGAAUGCCAGAGGUCUUUCGAACGUUUUAAGACAAUCCUCCUUUCCGAUUUGUUGCUGACUCACUACGAUCCAGAUAAGGAAAUCAUCGUUGCCGGUGACGCUUCUAAGGAUGGUUUGGGUGCAGUGAUUAUGCACCGUUUUCCGAAUGGCGCGGUCAAGGCCAUCGCACACGCUUCAAGGUCACUGACACCAGCUGAACAAAACUACGGACAGAUCGAGAAGGAAGCUCUAGCGCUUAUUUUUGCAGUUACCCGUUUUCACAAAAUGGUUUUCGGACGUAGAUUCACUCUUCAAACCGACCACAAGCCGUUGCUGAAAAUAUUUGGAAGCAAGAAGGGUAUUCCAGUUUACACCGCAAAUCGCCUACAACGCUGGGCACUCACGCUGAUGCUUUAUAAUUUCGACAUCCAGUUUGUGCCGACUGCAAGUUUUGGUCACGCUGAUCUCCUGUCACGCCUGAUGAGUUCAAACAGUAGACCGGACGAAGACUACAUCAUCGCUGCUUUGCAAAUUGAAUUGGAUGUGAAAGCGAUCCUCGACGACUCCAUCUCUGCUUUACCGGUCACAUCUGAAAUGAUAGUCAAGGAAACAAGUCGUGAUCCAGUCCUACAAAAGGUGAUCCAGCACAUCAAUCAAGGUUGGCCGCAAACUGCAACCCAACCACAGGAUCCAGCCAUUCGUCAGUUUUUCACCAGACGAGAUAGCCUGCAGAUCGUUCAAGAUUGCAUAAUGUUUGGUGAUCGGGUCGUUAUUCCAGCACGUUUCCGUAAGCGCAUCAUUCGUCAAUUGCAUCGAGGACAUCCUGGAAUGAAUCGCAUGAAAGCGUUAGCUAGAAGCUUCGUUUACUGGCCAAACAUAGACGACGAUAUAGAAACUUGUGUUCGACAUUGCAGUUCCUGUGCCGAAGCCGCCAAAUCCCCGAGAAAAACUGAUCUGGAGUCCUGGCCGAUUCCGUCGAAACCCUGGGAGCGCAUUCACAUCGACUACGCUGGCCCCGUGAAUGGUUACUACUAUUUGGUUAUCGUCGACGCUUACUCAAAAUGGCCCGAAGUUUUCCGCACCCGCAGUACAACAACGACAGCAACACUGGAAAUUCUUGAAGAAACCUUCGCAAGGUAUGGAAAUCCACGAACCCUGGUGUCAGACAACGGUUCCCAGUUCAUCAGUUCAACAUUCAAACAGUUUUGUGAAGCAAACGGAAUCUGUCACCUGACCAUAGCUCCGUAUCACCCGCAGUCGAAUGGACAGGCUGAAAGGUUUGUUGACACACUGAAGAGGGGACUCAAGAAGCUUGUCAAGGGGGAAAACACGGCCACAUUCCAACAUCUCCAGAUUUUCUUAUCUACGUACCGCUCAACCCCGAGUCGAAACUUGCCUGAAGGAAAGUCACCUGCUGACCUGUUCCUAGGAAGAUCGAUCCGUACAACACUCGAUCUUGUCAAGCCACAGAUUCCAAGCCCAACUGAAGUAAACACGAAACAAAACACUCAGUUCAACAGACGCUACAACACCAUCAAACGGGAGUUCAAAGCAAAUGAUCUGGUCUACGCAGAGGUACACCAACGCAAUGCAAUCAAGUGGAUUCCUGGAACAAUUGUGGAGCGCAAAGGCCGGGUAAACUACAACGUUCUGUUGGAAACUGGACGUCUCAUUUGCUCGCACACAAAUCAGUUGAAGCAACGUCAUGGCGAUUGCGACAGUUCUCCAGUAUUACCCAACAUGCCGCUCUCUAUGCUGUUGGAUGAAUUCAACCUCCAACCAGUGAAGCCCGCUGUUUCUGAGAUUCCAGAUGAAUCAGCUGCCCCUGUAGUUGAAGAAGCUUCUCCAAUCAUACCUGAAGGUGAAUCAGAUGACGAUUUCCAGGAUGCAGAGUUAGCCAGUAGCCGUUCCCUGUCUCCUGCCCAGCCAGACCGUCCAGCUCGAAAUCGUAGGGUCCCAAAUUGGUUGAACCCCUACGAUCUCUUCUAA